AUGUCAGAGAUUGUACCUGCAGAACCCAUUGAAGGCAUCUACUUCGAGCGAGGAGAGACGUCAACAGCAUCAGCAUCGGCAUCAGAGACACCCCAUGUCACGUUGGCCAUCACCAAUGGCAGCAACAACGAUGAAUAUGCUCCUGAACCCUUUGACAGUGAAAGGUUGCCAACAGUUUUUGCUUCUGAAAUUCAAAGGUUCCUUCGAGUGGCUAACUUACUCGGCAAGGAGGAGCCUCGUGUUGCAUAUCUUUGCCGUGUUCAUGCCUUUGUGAUUGCACACAACUUGGACAAAAAUUCUAGUGGAAGGGGUGUUAGACAAUUCAAAACUUCACUACUUCAUCGACUUGAACAGGAUGAGCACGAUACAAAAAAGAGGGGAACAAGUGAUAUUCGUGAACUUAAGCAUGUUUACCGUGCCUAUAGGGAUUAUUAUAUCAGACAUGAUAAAGCAUUCGAUCUAGAACAAAGUCGAAGAGAGAAAUUGAUAAAUGCACGAGAUAUUGCUUCAGUUCUGUUUGAGGUACUCAAGACAGUUACGGAUCCAACUGCUACUCAGGCACUUAUUCAAGGAAAUGCAAUCCAUAGAAAAACUGAAUUUAACAUUCUUCCACUGGAGCAAGGAGGCAUUCAACAUGCAAUUAUGCAGCAGACUGAGAUUAAGGCUGCCAUUGCAGUUAUUCGCAAUGUUCGUGGUUUACCCCCAGCCCAAGAUUUCAAGAAGCACGGAGCCUUUUUGGAUCUAUUUGAUUUUCUUCACCAUUGCUUUGGAUUUCAGGAAGCCAAUGUUGCCAACCAAAGGGAACAUCUUAUUCUACUCCUAGCCAAUAUGCAGACUCGUCAAACUCACGACCAGAAAUCUUUUUUGAAGUUAGGGGAAGGAGGUGUGGAUGAACUGAUGAGAAAGUUUUUCAAAAACUAUACCAACUGGUGUAAGUUUUUAGAAAGGAAAAGCAAUAUCCGUUUACCUUUUGUGAAACAGGAAGCCCAACAAUAUAAAAUUUUGUACAUUGGGCUUUACCUGCUCAUUUGGGGGGAGGCAGCUAAUUUGCGGUUCAUGCCGGAAUGUCUCUGCUAUAUUUUUCAUCAUAUGGCAUAUGAAUUGCAUGGAAUUUUAAGUGGUGCUAUCAGCUUAACAACAUGGGAAAAAGUCAUGCCUGCAUAUGGAGGAGAACCAGAGUCUUUCCUUAUCAAUGUUGUCACACCAAUAUACAAUGUUAUAAGCAAGGAAGUUGCCAAUAGCAACGGUGGGGCAGCUGAUCAUUCUGUAUGGAGAAACUAUGAUGAUCUGAAUGAAUAUUUUUGGUCCCCUGAUUGUUUCAAAAUUGGUUGGCCCAUGCGUGAGGAUCAUGACUUUUUCUUUGUAAGAGAUAGAAAGAAACCAAAACCAGAUGUCAAGAAUGACCCAGAUGCGUCAUCUAGUAAAACCAAAGAGAAGAAAAAGAGAGAAAAGAGGGAUGAAGAAGAACCAGAGGCCAUUAUAAUAAUUGCUUGUCAUGACCUGGGAUCUCCAAUACAGUUGUUUGAUGCAAUAGUAUUUGAGGACAUAAUUAGCAUCUUCAUUACCUCUGCAAUUCUUAAACUAAUUCAAGGUUCCCAUGUUUUUGUCACAGCAAUUUUAGACAUUGCAUUUUUGUGGAAAGCAAGAUAUACCAUGGAAUAUUCUCAAAAGGUGAAACUAGUGAUGAAGCUGAUCUUAGCCGUUAUAUGGACUAUUGUUCUUCCUGUUUGCUAUGCUAAUUCGAGAAGAAAAUAUACCUGUUAUUCCACAAAGUAUGGAAGCUUGAUUGAGGAAUGGUGCUUUACUUCCUAUAUGGUUGCUGCUGCAAUAUACCUGACAACUAAUGCAGUUGAAGUUGUGUUAUUUUUUGUCCCUGCUGUUGCCAAGUAUAUUGAGGUCUCUAAUUACAAGAUAUGCAGAGUUUUAUCUUGGUGGACUCAGCCUAGAAUUUAUGUUGGUCGAGGGAUGCAAGAAGACCAGAUAAAACCACUCAUAGCACCUACCAGACAGAUUAUGAAAAUUGGGGUACAGUAUGAAUGGCAUGAGCUUUUUCCGAAAGUCAAGAGUAAUGCUGGUGCAAUUAUAGCUGUAUGGAGCCCUGUAGUAAUUAUAAGGACACUCGGAAUGCUGAGAAGUAGAUUUGACUCCUUACCUUCAGCAUUUAAUGUCUGUUUGAUCCCACCAUCUUCCAAACGUGGUAAAAAGAAAAGAAAAGGUCUCCUCAGCAAUAUAUUUCAAAAGUUGCCGGAUGAAAAAAAUGCCACUGCCAAAUUUGUUGUAGUAUGGAAUCAAAUUGUAAAUCAACUACGUCUUGAAGACUUGAUCAGUAAUAGAGAGAUGGAUUUGAUGAUGAUGCCUGUGUCCUCAGAAUUGUUUUCUUCCAAGGUUCGAUGGCCUGUUUUCCUCUUGGCAAAUAAGUUUUCUACAGCUUUGACCAUUGCUAAAGAUUUUGAGGGAAAGGAAGAGACUCUUGUCAAGAAAAUUACAAAAGACAAAUACAUGUUUUAUGCUGUAAGAGAGUGCUACCAGUCGCUAAAAUAUGUUCUUGAAAUUCUGGUUGAGGGUAGCAUGGAGAAAAGGAUCAUAUGUGAUAUACUAAGCGAAAUUGAAAAGAAUAUCCAAGAAACAAAUCUUCUAAAGAACUUCAACAUGAAAGUUCUCCCAGCCCUACAUGCUAAGGUCGUUGAGCUAGCUGAACUUCUGAUGGAGGGAGAAAAAGACCAUCAGCACAAAAUUGUGAAAGCCCUGCUAGAUAUAUUUGAAUUGGUAACAAAUGAUAUGAUGGUUGAUUCCAGAAUAUUGGAAAUGUUCCACUUUCCCGAUCAAAAUGAGUGUGGCUUUGUCUAUUUUAGAAAUGAUGAUCAACUAUUUGACACCGUGGAAAAGAAUAGGGAUUUCUAUCCAUUUUCCAAUGAGAAUUCUAUCCAAUUUCCAUUGCCAGAAAAUGGUCCUAUGAUGGAAAAGAUCAAGCGUUUUCAUUUGCUGCUUACAGUCAAAGAAGCAGCAAUGGAUGUUCCUGCAAACUUAGAUGCUCGAAGGCGCAUAUCAUUCUUUGCUACUUCACUGUUUACAGAUAUGCCUGAUGCUCCAAAAGUUCAUAAUAUGAUGCCAUUCUGUGUUAUAACUCCACAUUACAUCGAGGACAUUAAUUUUUCGCUUAAGGAGCUUGGUUCAGAUAAAGAGGAGGACUCCAUCAUCUUCUACAUGCAAAAGAUAUAUCCAGAUGAAUGGAAAAAUUUUUUGGAACGAAUGGGUUGUGAAAACCGUCUAUGUUUAGAAGAUGAACACAAGAUAGAAGAUCUUAGACUGUGGGCUUCAUUCCGUGGCCAGACACUAAGCAGAACAGUUAGAGGGAUGAUGUACUACAGAGAAGCCUUAAAAUUACAAGCAUUUCUUGAUAUGGCUGAAGAAGAAGAUAUUCUUGAGGGUUAUGAGACUGCUGAAAGAGGUAACCGUGCACUGUUUGCUCGUCUAGAAGCACUAGCAGACAUGAAGUACACCUAUGUUAUUUCCUGUCAGUCAUUUGCAUCACAAAAGGCUAUGAACGAUCCACGUUAUCAAGAUAUGAUCGACUUGAUGACAAGGUAUCCAUCCCUUCGUGUUGCUUAUGUUGAGGAAAAGGAGAAGAUAGUGCAGGGUAAAACUCACAAAGUAUAUUCAUCUAAACUGGUUAAAGUUGUCAAUGGUUUUGAGCAGACAAUAUAUCAAAUAAAACUACCAGGUCCACCGCAUCUUGGAGAAGGGAAGCCUGAAAACCAAAACAAUGCAAUAAUAUUCACGCGUGGUGAAGCACUCCAAACAAUUGAUAUGAAUCAAGAUAAUUACUUGGAGGAAGCUCUAAAGAUUAGAAACCUUCUCCAAGAAUUUCUUCGGCGCCAAGGAAGGCGUCCUCCUACAAUACUUGGCUUAAGGGAACACAUUUUCACAGGAAGUGUGUCUUCUCUGGCAUGGUUCAUGUCAUAUCAAGAGACCAGCUUUGUCACUAUUGGUCAAAGGCUUCUAGCUAACCCUCUCAGGGUGCGGUUCCACUAUGGCCAUCCAGAUGUAUUUGAUAGGGUUUUUCAUAUCACACGUGGAGGAAUAAGCAAAGCAUCUAAAACAAUUAACUUGAGUGAGGAUGUUUUUGCUGGAUUUAAUUCAACUUUAAGACGGGGAUGUAUUUCCUACCAUGAAUACUUGCAAAUUGGCAAAGGUCGUGAUGUAGCUCUUAACCAGAUCUCAAAAUUUGAAGCUAAGGUAGCAAAUGGAAACUGUGAGCAGACUAUAAGCCGUGACAUAUUCCGCCUUGGGCGGCAAUUCGAUUUUUUCCGGAUGCUGUCAUGCUAUUUCACUACAAUUGGAUUUUACUUCAGCAGCUUGAUUUCAGUGAUAGGAAUCUAUGUAUUUCUCUACGGGCAGCUAUACCUGGUGCUUAGUGGGUUGGAAAGAGCACUUGUCGUUGAGGCUCGUCUCAAGAAUGUGCAAUCCUUAGAAACAGCUCUUGCCUCCCAGUCAUUCAUACAACUUGGACUUCUGACAGGCUUGCCAAUGGUGAUGGAAAUAGGACUUGAGAAAGGUUUCCUCACAGCUUUAAAGGACUUUGUCCUUAUGCAAUUGCAGCUGGCUGCGGUUUUCUUCACUUUCGCCCUUGGCACAAAAACACAUUACUAUGGCCGAACUCUUUUGCAUGGGGGUGCAAAGUACAGACCAACUGGACGUAAAGUUGUCUUCCAUGCUAGCUUCACAGAGAAUUAUAGAUUGUAUUCAAGAAGCCACUUUGUUAAGGCAUUUGAGUUAUUGCUGUUGUUGAUUGUUUAUAACAUGUUCAGGAGGUCCUACCAAAGUAGCAUGGCAUAUGUGUUGAUAACAUAUGCCAUUUGGUUCAUGUCUCUUACUUGGUUGUGUGCACCUUUCCUUUUUAACCCUGCUGGGUUCAGUUGGACCAAGACAGUAGAUGACUGGAAAGAGUGGAAUAAGUGGAUCAGACUACAGGGUGGUAUUGGAAUUCAACAAGAUAAAAGUUGGCAUUCUUGGUGGCAUGAUGAGCAAACUCAUCUUCGUUGGUCAGGUCUUGCUUCUAGGUUGGCUGAAAUAUUGCUUUCUCUCCGUUUUUUCAUUUACCAGUAUGGUCUGGUCUAUCAUCUAGACAUCUCUCAGCAUAGCAAAAAUUUUCUGGUUUAUGUCCUUUCAUGGAUUGUGAUUGUAGCAAUUUUCCUCUUGGUGAAGGCUGUUAACAUGGGAAGGCAACUACUCAGUGCUAAUCAUCAGCUUGGAUUCAGACUUUUCAAAGCAUUCUUGUUCCUGGCUGUCCUUGCCCUCAUCUUUACUCUUUCUAUUAUAUGUGAAUUGUCAUUGAUGGACCUUUUUGUUUGCUGUCUAGCAUUCUUGCCAACUGCAUGGGGAAUGAUACUGAUUGCACAAGCUGUAAGGCCAAAGAUAGAGCACACAGGGUUGUGGGACUUCACACGUGCACUUGCAAGAGAAUUUGAUUAUGGAAUGGGGAUAGUUCUUUUCGGACCUAUAGCUAUUUUGGCUUGGUUACCAAUCAUUAAAGCCUUCCAUGCUCGCUUUCUUUUCAAUGAGGCAUUCAAAAGGCACUUGCAAAUCCAACCAAUUCUAUCAGGAAAAAAGAAGCACAGGACUUGA